ACCAGCACCGCCACUCGGGAAAUCUAGACCCUAUAAAUAGACGAAUCUCGCUCUCUCUGUUAGCGUAAAAAAUAUGCUAAGGCUAGUUUCUGCUUCGAAAAGCCUGCUCGGGCUAACAUCGCCUUCGCGGCCGGUCCAGGUCUUGCCGCGUUUUUACCACGAGAACGUUAUCGACCACUACAACAACCCUCGCAACGUCGGAGCCUUUGACAAAAAGGAUUCUAAUGUGGGCACCGGCCUUGUGGGCGCACCCGCAUGCGGAGAUGUCAUGAAGCUACAAAUCAAGGUCGAUGAGGUGACUGGAGAGAUUACUGACGCCUGCUUCAAGACCUUUGGCUGCGGCUCGGCAAUCGCUUCGUCUUCUGUUGCUACCGAAUGGGUGAAAGGGAAAAAGAUGGAGGAAAUCGUGACCAUCAAAAAUACUGAGAUUGCAAAACAUCUUUCCCUCCCACCAGUUAAGCUGCACUGCAGUAUGCUUGCAGAGGAUGCAAUUAAGGCAGCUGUGAAAGAUUACCAGAGCAAACAUGUUAAUCCCAGCGCCAGUUCAGAUGCUGCAUCUGUUGAGAAGGCUGCCAAUGCUUGAAUGUGUAUAAAUGUUGUUGAUGAAAACUUUUAAGAUAAGGACAGGGAUCUACUAGUUAUGACAAUAAACAGUCGUGCUUGGAUUAUACAGAGCUGGACUGGCACUCUAUAGAAGCAUUUUCUUUCUUUUAUGGUGCUCUUGUAAAGAAGCUAUUGUAUUAAAUAUCAAAUGGAAGAAAACUUCUGAAGGCAUGGCCUAAGGAUGGGGAUUAUGUACUAGUUAUGACAAUAAACAGUUGUGCCUUGAUUGUGAAGAGCUGGGGUCCUGGACCGCCAAUCUAGUGGAGCAUUUUCUUUCUUUUAAGGUGCGCUUGUCAAUAAGCUAUUGUAUUAAUAUGAAAUGGGUUUAGUGUGUUUUGUCUGUC